GACGACGCCUACAGCCGCCACAGCGAUGUCGAAUACGUGCACCCUGAGAAGUUCGCGGACUCGGGCCCGGACAGGGAUCCCCACCGACUCAACUCGCAUCUCCAGCUGGGCUUCGAGGAUGUGGUGGCUGAACCGGUGUCUACGCACUCCUUUGACAAUGUGUGGAUCUGCAGCCAUGCCCUCUUUGAGAUCAGCAAGUAUGUGGUCUACAAGUUCCUGACCGUGUUCCUGGCCAUUCCCCUGGCCUUCGCUGCAGGAAUUCUCUUUGCCACGCUCAGCUGUCUGCACAUCUGGUGA